AGAAAAAUUUCAGCAAUUUUGGUAUUUGUAAAAUUUAGUGUUGCGGAAUCAAACUGUUUAGAAAAUUCGUAUCAUAACUUGUCGGUAACUUUUAAAUUUUAGUAGAAUUCUUGGGUGUUGGAGUUUUCGAUUUUAAAGUAAUUUAAGAGAAAAAUUUUUGUGUAUAGAAAAUGGGGCGGCAAAUUAAAAGUUUUGCCGUCGUUUUAGUGGCAUUACUGGGGACCACAACAGCUCUAAAUAGAGAAAAAAGAUGGCCCAGUAGUUUGGACCUAUUAGAGAAUUUUCAUUAUCCCUUUUUAAUUAACUCGCCACCAAAAAUUAUAAAACAGCCUCCAACUGAUGAACUCCUUUUUAAAGUAGCACAGCAAUCAAAGGAAAGCGAUAAACCAUUUUUAAUUGAAUGCGAAGCUGAAGGAAAUCCAGACCCACAAAUGCAGACACCCUAA